AGCCGACACAUUGCAGACCCUUUAUUUUUUUUUGAAGGGCUCGUUGGGCCAUUAGGAGCAUUGUACACUUGUUCUCUAAACACAAACAAUUAAAAGUCUAAAAGCACAUGAACAUACCCAUAAAUCGCAAUUAUCCAAAGCAAUCUUAUAAUAAACAAAGAAACAUACAACACAACCAAUAGGAAAUUGAAAAUAAAAAUUAGAAAGAAAAAUCUAAGAACCCCAUCAAAAGAAGAGUUUUCCUGUGGAGCGUGGGGUCUCCCCAUGACCUUUCUUUAUUUUGUCCUCUUUUUGGGAGGAUAAGCUCUUAGUUAUUUCUUUCUUUGCUUUGCCCCUUCAUUGAGUCAUUCCCCACACUCGCACUCCCCACCCCAUUGCAAUGCCAUAUGCCAAGCUACAAGACAGCCAGAAUGGGGUGAUUCAUUCAAAUUCAACACUUCACUCCAUCAUCAAUUCUUCAUCAUCAUCAUCCCCCCACCCAUCGUGUUAAUCCAACUCCCAAAAAUCAAAAUUACUCCCCACUCCAAAACCCUCUCCCUUAAUUCCUUCCCAUCAUCAUGACUCACGCCAUGGAUCUAGAUGAGUGGGAGUUCCUCCCUGAUGCGGGAUUUCUGGAUUACCCCGAAAAAGAUGAUCCUGCCAAACAGACCCGCUCAGUCAGGCAUAACCACAAACACCUGCGUGGUGUUGCUGGAGGCGGCGGCGGCUGGGGUUCCGAGCCCAAGCUCAUCCUUGACAUGAACUACUUCAUAUGCCCGUCGCCGGGAAACACAGUCGGGAGUAUGCCGGAAAAUUCGAAAAGGGUGUCUUCGGAUCAAUUCGUGUCGGUCCCAAUUCAACUGGAACUCCCGCCGUUGCGGAAGAAGGGCGCCCGCGAAGCUGAUGCAGACGGUGAUUUCGAUGGCGAUGAGGUGGUGAAGAAAGAGAUCACCGAGAGUGUUCCGAUCGGAGUUCAAAAUCCGGACGAUCAGGACACUGUUUCUCAGGUUUUCUUCUUCAAGAAAUCGAAGGAAACCGAUCAAUUUGUCGACAUGAAAAUGGACUCGCCCAGGUCCUCCGGCAGGGGUAUCCUGCCGCCCCAAAUUGACGCCAACGGCGCGUUUCAGUUUGAGGACGAAGGCGAGGCCGAGGAAGAUCUGAAAGUGAAAAUUGUGGAGAAGGAGGGAGUGACGGAGAUGGGGGAUUCAGAGAUUGGAGAAGAAGAUGAAGAGACUGGAGACAAUGGGGGGAAGAGUAUGAAUAUGUGGGUAAAGUGGGGAUUGACGGGAAUUGGGGCUCUCUGCUCAUUUGGAUUGGCUGCCACCACCAUUUGCAUUCUCAUUUUUGGAACUCAAGAGAGAAGCAAGCAGUUCCCACAGAAGAAAAGGCUGCGCUAUGAGAUCCAUGCCGAUGACCAGAGGAUAAAGCAAGUGGUGAGGCAUGCAACAAAACUGAAUGAAGCAAUGUCUGUGGUGCGAGGAGUUCCAAUUGCCAGAGCUAAUAUUACAUUUGGUGGUUACUAUGAUGGCCUUUAAUUACAUAUGACAUAUGGCAUAUGGCAUAUGGGUAGGUGUUAAGUUCUAUAUUUGUAUAGUUAAGUUCUCUUCUCUGCAUUUGCAUUAAGAGUGAAGUCUGUCUGUGCUAUGUAAGUUUGGUUACACGCUAUAAAUGAGUCAUUGGAAGAUGCUGUUGUGAA